AAGCUGUAUUAUAUUAACUACUAGUACUAAUUAUUUGUCACGGGGGAAUAUGUUUAUAGGGAACUUUUUUAUGUAAUCAUUUAUUAUUUUUUUUAUGAAUAAGUACGUACUUAUAAUGCAUUAUUUUUUUCAACGUGCAAGGUACGUACACACUAGAGAGAGAGAAAGAAAGAAACGGUACCAUUUUUUUUUUAAUGGAAAAUAUAAACUAAUAAAAUAAUUCAACAUUGGUGUAGUACACUUUCUCUGCCAAAGUUUUAACACUUGGAACAAAAAAAGCUUGAAUCCAACCCUUUAUGUAGUAGAAGAAAUACAGUACCGUGGCUGCUUCUUUGAUAUUAUUAUUAUCUCUGAGAGUCUGAGAAGAAGAAAGAAGAAGAAGAGGGAAAAAAAAUCAAAACCCAAUACAUAAAUCCAACCCAAAUUUAGCAACAAAACACAAAAGCAUCACAAACUAAACUGAUCUCUCUUCUGUAGUUUGAAAGUGAUAGAACUUAAGAAGUCUUUUACACAUAGUAUAUAUAUUUUUCCUUAAAAAAAAACGCACACACACACACACCCACACACCCACACACAGAGACUCACACAUGACUAGAAAGAUAGUAGUAAUAAUAAUUCUCAUCAUCACCGAUCAUCAAUUCUGAGUGGUUGGGAUGAUGAGAUGAUGAUGAGACAAGAGGGAUCAGGAGGAGGAGGAGCAUCGUCGUCAUCAUCAUCGAGCAGGUGCCAAGACUGCGGGAAUCAAGCCAAGAAAGAUUGCUCAUAUUUCAGGUGCAGGACUUGCUGCAAAACCAGAGGAUUUCAGUGCCCAACUCACGUUAAGAGCACUUGGGUUCCCGUCUCUAAACGCCGCCCCAGGCAUCCCAUUCCUCUCUACCCACCUGAACCAAAGCCCAAGAGAUCCAGAGACACCGCUUGCUCCAUAGAAGGGAAUUUUCCGGCGGAAGUGAGUGUUCCGGCGGUGUUUAGAUGUGUCCGGGUGAGCUCGAUGGACAAUGUGGUGGAUCAGUUUGCUUACCAGGCGUCGGUGAAUAUAGCCGGCCAUGUUUUCAAAGGUGUUCUUUACGAUCAAGGCCCGCCUCCACAUGACCAGAAUUUCCAUCAUCAUUUCGGUCACGUCGGCGACACUUCUUGCGGCGGCGGCGUCGAGGGUGGUGUCGGCGGCGGCGGCGGUGGUAGUGGAUUCCAUCAGCUGCAACCGAGCAGUAAUCUCAUGGCCGGAGCAUCCACGGCGUCAACUAGUACUGCUGCUUCCCCUCAUUCUGGUUACCCUAGUCCGUUUAGUGCUUUCAUGCCUCCCACAACACAUAUUUUCCAAUAUUCAAAAUCUUAAUUACUAAUUAGUAACCACCAUUUGAUUGAACAUUUCACUUGUUACCAAAAGUUCUUUUUAUUUUUUUCCCGGCGAAUUACUGACCACUUAUUAUUGCUGUUUCUGAGUCCUGACCCAAAUAAAUUAAAUCUUUUGAGAUAGAGAGAGUUGAUUUAAUCAAGCGUGACAUUAAAUGAUCGUGGUUUAUGGAAAUUCUUUUAGUUGCAUUUUUUUUUUUGGCAUAAUAAGGUUAAUAAAAGCUUGAUGAUCGUGACUCUUGUGCAACUUAUUAGUAUCGAGUCAAAAGUGUCAGUACUGGAACAGUCAAACUCGUAAGAGUAAAAUUUUGUAAGUUUCUUAAUAAAAGUUGAG